GGGAUUUAGUAAGGGAAGGGUCGUUACUAAGGCAAUGCAUGGACUGAGUGUGGAGGUAAGCGUAAGCGAGGUCAUGAUAAAAGACGGUAUCCCUCAGAUGGAGUGGUGCAUUCUGAUUCAUGUUCGUUAUUUAGGAACGUCCGUCUCUCCUCAUUCCACCUUCACGCUGUGCGACCAUUUCACUGCAGUGCAGUUACUUAGGGUUGAUCCCUUUUCUAUUCAAUUUUGACUUCACUUGACUCGUGUAAUUUAACAUAUCAACACGAACAUACCAUCACCAAGAUGAAGUUCGCCAUAUUCCUCACCUGCCUAGCAGCCACUGCACUCGCACUCCCCGCUCCCUCAAAUUCCAACAACGGCACAAGCGGCGGCUCAAAUAACGGCUCAAACGGUGCCAUAACGGCCUCUAUCAUCCCUGACUUUGGUGUCACCGCCGGCAUCCAAAGCGCCGACCAGUCGGGCAGCUGCGUCGGCGUCGAUAACAAGAACAUCCCCUGUGAAUGCCCCCCCAGCAAAGAAGCGUUCGCCCAGACCCUAAGCACCUUCGUCUCGCGUGGCGUGGCGGGCGCCUCGGCCAUCGAAUUCUCGACCAAUUUCACCGACCAGUCCGCCGUCACGAAUUUGGCGCGUGUGAAUGCCAUGAUUAAUACACUGCAGAACUUUAAUUUUGAUAAGACGGGGAGGACGGGGGACGGGUGUCCGGCGGUUUCGGCGCCCAAUUUGGGGACCAUUCGGACGCAACUGCUGAACGGGCAGAAUGUGCAGAUUGGGGGAAAAUAGGGAACAUCGGGGGGAGGGGUUUUUGUUGUUGGAAGGGGUUAUCGAGUGUACUCGGAAGCAUGGGAAUGAGCACUAUGAAUGAAUUAUGAGUGGUGAGAAGAGGAUGUGAGUAGUGUUGCAUCCUACGAGUGGUUUACUUUGAAGUUGUGAUGGCGUUAGGUGAAAGGGAAACUUUAGGCGGCUCGGCCGCUAGGCCUGGAUAUACAUACGGCUGGAGCUGUAGGAGUUCCGGAUAUGCACAUGCACAUGUUUGAGUUUGAAUACGGUGGUAUCAGAACACUUGAAACAAUCUCACUCCAUCAUAACCA